AUGGCACAACACGAGGAAGUUCAGCAGAGGACGUUGCAAGAUUACCUGUACCCAACGCGUAUGGCCACCCUAUCUUGCAUCAUGUUCCCACCGAAUGCACCACCCACGGAUUUCAAGCCGGGCAUGAUUGCACUUCUCCCAACCUUUCAUGGGUUAGAGAACGAGAACCCCUAUGUACACAUCCGGGAGUUUGAAGAGGUGGUGGCCACCUUUCACAGUCGUGCUGAGGCCACAAAUACCGUCAAAUUGAAUUUUUUCCCUUUCUCUCUGAAGGACAAGGCCAAAAGCUGGUUGUAUUCUCUUAGGCCCAAGUCUAUUGGUACGUGGGAAGAAAUGACGACGACAUUCUUCAACAAUUGGCGCCUCGUAAGCUAUUUCUACGAUGGACUCACAAUCCGAGAGCGCCAAUUUGUUGAGAUGAUGUGCAAUGGAGAUUUUCUCCAGAAUGAUCCUGACGAAGCUAUCGAGUACCUGAACGAGUUAGCUGAGAAAGCUCAUACUUGGAUUGGACCGAGUGCUACUGAGAGCACCAGUAGGUCCCGACCAGUUGGAGUUUAUCAAUUAAGGGAAGAGGACAGCUUCAAGGCCCAAGUUGAAGCUUUCACGAAGCAAAUUGAGGCCCUAAAAAGUAAAGAUAGUAAAGGACCCCACAUGGUGGUAAGGACAGAGGCACAGGAGCCCUAUUUUGUUUGUGGUGGAAUGGGCCAUCUGGCUCAAGAUUGUCUCACUUUUGGUGAAAUGAGAGGGGUAUACGAGGAGCAGUGCAAUGUAUUGGGCACAUACAAUAAGCCUUAUGGACCUUUCUCAAACAUUUAUAAUGAUAGCUGGAAACACCACCCAAACUUCAGUUGGAGAGAUCCAAACCAACAUGCACAAUCAUCUGGAGGGCAAUGGAAAUCAGAGCAACAAUCUCAACCACUAAGGACAUAUUUUGUGCCUCAGAAUAACAUGCAGCCGAAAGGAAAUUCUCUAGAUGAUACCCUAAAAGCUUUUAUGGAUGCGCAAAAUAAGACGAAUCAAAGAGUUGAUUCAAUGCUCACGAUGUUGCUAGUGGAAGAGAACAAGGAAAUAAAAAGUCAGAUCACAAAACUGACAGGAGCUUUAACCGUUCAAGGGCGCAGUAAAUUUCCAUCACAAGCCCAGUCCAAUAUGAGAGGACAACACAUGGCUCAAACUUCCAAUUCUGAAGGUCAAAAUAUCAAGGAAGUUAAUGCCAUCUCUACUCGAAGUUGUAAGAAUUUUUACACGCCAUCCACAAGUACAACCACUUCGAGUAAUGAAGAAUCGGCUCAGGAGAAAGAAGAGCCAACAAAAAUUCUGGUAAAGGUGCCUUUCCCCCAAGCUCUUCGACCUCUUGGGAAAGUGCCGGAAAAUCAAAGUGAGAUCCUAGAGAACUUGACACAAUUGAAGAUCAAUCUUCCCUUACUACAUGUGAUCAAGCAAGUGCCAGCCUACGCCAAGGUUAUCAAGGAUCUGUGCACCAUAAAGAGGAAGUACCAUGUCAAGAAAACUGCAUUCUUGACGGAACAAGUAAAUGCGGUGAUUGAGCAAAAGACACCGCCGAAGUAUAAGGAUCUAGGUUGUCCUAUAAUUUCUUGUCAGAUCGGGACACAAGAAUUCGGCCAAGCGUUACUAGACCUAGGAUCGAGCGUUAACCUCAUGCCUUAUUCGGUCUACUUGCAAUUGGGUCUUGGAGAGAUUAAGCCCACAUCUGUGGUUCUGCAACUGGCCGAUAGAUCCAUUAAGAGACCACGGGGAAUAGUGGAAGACAUUUUGGUGCAAGACGACAAGUUUUAUUACCCUGUGGACUUUCUUGUCUUGGAUACACAAUCCGUGGUGAAUAUGGAGUCAUCCAUUCCCAUCAUUCUAGGAAGACAUUUCCUUGCCACAGCAAAUGCACUUAUCAAUUGUAAGAAUGGUCUCAUAAAGAUAUCUUUUGGGAAUAUGACCCUUGAGGUGAAUAUUUUUCAUAUUCAAAAGCAACCACGAGAGGACGACGAGUGUCAGCAAACAUUCAUGAUCGACACACUUGUCGAGAAUGAGGUUCAACUGCAAAGCAACUAUGAAGAUCUUCAAAACCUCUUCCAAAAUUCUGAUUCUAAAGAUUCCAGUUCUGCUGAGUUGGCUCACUUGUCUACAAUUUUCAGCAACUCACAGGACAGAGGAACUAAGUUUGGGCCACCAUAUUUUGAGGAGCUCCGAACAGAAGGAGAAAAACUGAAAUCAUCCACCGAUGAGGGUCCAAAAAUCAAGCUAGUCCAUCUACCUGAGGGCUUAAAACAUGCGUUCUUGGGAGAUGAAGGCACAUUCCCAGUCAUCAUCUCGUCUAAACUCGAUGCAUUGCAAGAACAACGAUUGAUUGACAUGCUGAAAGAGCGUAAUUCCAGGAUCAAGGUAAAAAUGAAAGCAGCUCAUGACAAGCAGAUCCUGAGGAAGAAUUACUUAGGGGUGAACCAGGUUGAAGAGAUCAUUCUCAACGACCCCGUUUACCAGCCCUGA